AAAAUUGAAAAGCACGUCUAAUGAUGAGGCAUGAGGAUGAGAUCGGGAGUGAGAUAAAUAAUGGGAUGAUAGCUAUCGCGUACAUUAAUAGAGCUUCUGCAUUUACGGGAGUCGUCGCUGGCUGCCUGUUUGCGCCAAGGACAUGUAUGACUACUGCAAUGAUUCAACAUGCAAGAAUAGAUCCAGGGACUGUACCUGGACACGUCACCGCCACCCACAACAACAACAACAACUCACUAGACAAAGACACAUCUCAUCAGGAUAGCAACACCGGAAACACUGCCCCAUGCCACCAGAUCAAGAAAGAUACAAUGGAGAGCUGCGUGGGACUACAGCUUCAGUUUGACCAUAGUCAUCCUGCCCACGGAGAUGGCCCAGUACAGGUGUCCCUGGCAGAUGUCGAUGCUGUCGUCAAUGCUGAUGUUGGUACAAGUGCCCCAAACGAUCUCUCGCUCACACAGUGUCAAGGGGUCAUGGUCCAGGCAGGAGGCAACGAAGAGACCAACAAUUCCCUCUUGCAGGAAGUUGAUGACAACCUCCUGCAGGCCCUUGUCAACUCAGGUGCAACGGAACAGCUGGAGAUGGAAUCCUUAGCUCAUCAACUUAUGAAUGAUUCCAUUGAGUUUUCGGAAGCAGAGAUCCAGCAACAUUUGCAGACGGAUACUAUUAAUGUGGAUUACUGCAAACAACUUACCAAUGGCCCAGCUGUCAACAAUAUGGGUGUCAUGGGGAUGCCACCUGUAGCUAUGGUGUCGCAGUCAUUGACAUCCCAGACCCCUGGUGGGAUGGUUUCCCAGCCUUCUUUGAUGGGGUCCAAUCAGCAUCAACCACAGCACCAGCAGCAAGUACCUAUGCCUAUGAAACAUAAUCACACAAAUCAACCUGACAAUGUGCAGGUAACUUCAAAUUCAUAUGCUAUGGACACCAGCAUGAUGAUAGAAUCAGUUCUUGAAGUGCGUGAAGGGGAGGAUGCCACCACAGCUUUAGUGGCGCCCCCUCCUCAACAUCCAGGCUUUGGAUACCAGUCUUAUGCGCAUAAUUUUGGAGCAGAUGCACUUGUGAGUGAAAAGGAAUCUGAUAAUACACCUAAUGUAACUAGUGAUGAGCAAGACCAGGACCUGUUUGCCAAAAAGGUGUGCCAAAUGCAACAAGGUCAUGGAUCAGAAUAUACUGUCGCGACAGGGUAUAGUCCUAAAUAUAAGCAGGUCUAUCAGCAUCAAGGACAGCUCAGCCAGCAACAAAGUCCAAAGGCUGGCACAAAGGCUAAAAAGUCCAAGAGCCCAACUCAGUAUCCCACUCAGCCAGUCACCAGUGAUUCCACACUGUCAAGUCCGUCAUCAACAAAUAAAGGAAUGCUCACUAAGAACCACUUGGUCUCAAAGACAAAGGAGGUUAUGAAAACCUCUAAAGCAAGGACAAAAGAUAAACAUGUGACAUCCACAAAGAAGUCUGAAGUAAGUCACAAAAAGUCGCCAAAACAUAGUGUAAAAGUUGUAUCAUCUCCGAAAGUUCAAGGUUGUAAACUGAAACAUAAAGAACACAAAGGACACAAAGUGACAAAGUCACCAUCGAUAUCUCCAGUGUUGUCAGAGGGCAGCAGCAAAUCGACAAAGAAGAUCAUUAAGAAAGUUAGUUUGUCCCCUCAUCGGUUUGUCCCCCCAUCGUUAAGUUCAUCCGAUGAUGAAACGAGUAAUGUACUAGAAUGCAAAAGCAAAGGCAGUGCUCAAAAGACAAAGAAAUCAAAGAUGAAACUUUCAGUAUCACCCAAUGACCAGUCUAAGACAAAGAAAACAAAAAAGAGGGACACCAAAGUGAAAACAAAGAAAAAAUCCAAGUCUAUGAGCCCUUCGUCAUCGAAGUUGGGCUCAAAGAGUGUAAACAGUACUCCUAAGCUAAAAAAGAAAUCUCUGAAAUCAAGUCCAAGUGGAUCGUCGUCAUCAUCAUCAUCACCAUCUUCAUCAUGCCAUAGUGAGAAGUCAUGUAGUAGUAACAGUUCAAGUCCCAUCUCUUCAAAAAGUGGAAAGUUAAAGAAGAAGAAGGUUAAGAAAUUACACAAAAGUGGUGAGGAUAGUCCUAAAAGAGUCGGCAUUUUGAGCAGUAGUGGCUCUGGAAAAAUAGUUCGAAAAAAGAAGAAGCUAAAAACAAAGGUCUUGAAUUCAGACAGUGUCCAUUCUUUGAUCAAGAGUGGCAGAUUGUCACCCACUAUGGCAGCUUCUGUCCUUAUGAACAAUAUAGACAGUGAUGAUGACAAUAGAGAUGUUGGAUAUGACAGCAGUACACAAAAAUCACUUAAUGGGAAAAAUAGAAAGAUUGCCCAUCUGCCCAAGCUCUCAGUAACCUUACCAACAAGUAGUCUUUCUCAUCCAGAACUUUUGCUGAAGACAGUGCCAAAGACCAAAAAGACAACCAACAAGAAAGUAAAACAAAGUCAGUCACCGUCACCUCCUGUAAAGGGUGAUAAAGUUGUGAAAAAGACAAAAAAGAUUAAAAGUAAGAACUCAGUGAAGAAGAAUUUAUUAGAAGAAUCUAAGACUUUGAGCCCAACGACCCCACUUCACAUUGACAUUCCUGAUUCUGAGCAUACCUUUACCCCCAUCACUAAACCAGCAUUUUCUAAUGACAGCAUUUCUAAUUCACACAAAAAGGCCAAAACAAGGAAAGUUGGAAGACCAAAGAAAAAUGCACCGCCCUCUAGAUCUGAAGAUCAUGGAAAAUCCUCUCAUAACAAAAAAGAUACACAUGUGUUCACUGAGCCAGAUCACUCUUCUGCCAUUGGCUUAGGGAAAGGAAAGAAAGUGAGUGAGAAUGGACCGGCAGAAGGACAAUCAAAGCAUAAAGAGCAGACCCCUUCCCCACAAAGUGCCACAACUUGUGUCAGUGAGGAAACCCUCUUUAGUGACAGUGGCAUAGGUACUGAUAACAAUAGCAAUCCUGAUCAACAAUUAAGUGACAAACACAAACAAAUACUAUCUGUCCCACCCACAAAUGAAACUGAAAUACCCACCGAGGUUUUGGAAUCACAUCCUCUAGCCACUUCAGAUCAUGGACUUUAUGGUUUUGGGAAGCGGGAAAAACAUAGAAAAUUGAAACAUGCUCAAUGGCAGUACUUGAAUCUGCAUUGCAAGAAGAGAAGGAAAAGAUACCACAUGUCACGUAUGCUUGGCCGUGUUAGUCCAACCUUCCUAUUUGAGAUGGAUUCUUUAGCAAUGACGAUGGCCGAACUUUCCCUUAUAAGUGUUCCACAGAGUCCGCACCCCGCAAACCUUGCAAAGAAACCUGUAGAAAACUAUCUUACUUCUGUUGCCAAAAUGAACACUACAUACAACUCCUAUCCUCUGAGACCGUCAUACCUGGCUACUGCCUUGAGGUAUAAGAAGCUCUAUCUCUGGAACAAACUCCGGAAGAAGAAGAGGCGGGAGCGUGAGAAGAAUCUCUGCCAAGGUGAGACAGAUGAAUCAUCAUACUAUGUAGACUCUUGUGAUUCUGAACCUGUUUUUGGUAUGUUUGAUCAAAGCACGGGUAGUUCGGCAGCCAGAAAAGCACCAAUAUCAUUUGCCAUGGCCAAAUCACCUUGCACAAGCAUGUCACAGGUCAAUAGAGGGCAUGAAAGGACAACCAUAGCUCAGAUACCCUUGAGAGAUGGAUUGACGCCGAUCCUUGAUCAUGGCAAACUGAACAGUUUGUCAGUCACUGAUUUUCAGAUCCCAAAGAGUGUACCUACUCCAAAGAAAGGAAGAAAGAAACAAAUCCCUGAGUCAUUGCCUGUCCAAGUGAGUUUGGCCAAAGCAAAAGUUGUGAAGAAAAAGAGUCCAGGAAGGCCCAGGGGGAGGCCAAGGAAAGUACCAAUUGUUGCCUCGGAAGUUGUUGACAAUCCACCUGCAUUAGUGUUUCCCACUCUUUCAGCUCCUAAUCAGACACUGGCCCUCCAGGUGUCAGACAACCCUUUUCCAACAGUACAGGUGCCAGACCAACAACCCCUUCCAUCAGUGCAGGUGUCUGGUCAACUUCCUCAACCAAAGCGAAGAGGUCGUCCACCUAAAAAACUUCUCGAUAUGCCAAAUACUUUGCCAGUAAAACUGCCCCAGCCAAAGGGCACUACAGGUAGGAAGCGAAAAAUCCAAAGUACUAUCGAUCCUGAUACAUUGAUCUUUGAUUCUGCAAACAGUACUAUUUGUGAUGAUCACAUUAUGCCAUCAAUAACGACAGGUGGUGUCAUUAAUGAUAGGACAACUGAAAUUUGCCAUGUGGACCACCUUGCAUCAGACAAUUCAAUCAACAUUGCAGAAAAGGUCACUAAACAACCUAACAAGAUACCAAAGAGGAGAGGCCGCCCUCCUGGAAAAUCAAAGGCAUCAAAUGACAUAAAACAGCAGAAUGUGGUGGACAAACCAGUGCAAAUAGAAACUGUUGCUUGUGCAGAGAAAGAGUCUUUCAUUCAGAGUGUCACUAUUGCCAAAAGAAAACGCAGAAAACGAGGACCUAAAAAGGGUUGGAAGAAACUACUAUUGACCGCAAAAACAGUUGCAGAAACUACAAAGGACAGUAUUGGAAGUGAAACAGCAAGUAUUGAUAAUUUAACUGAUUUGGCUCUCCAAAGUAAGUCUAGGACAGAAACAUCUCUCGAAGUACCAAAUUCACCUGUUCAAAUGGUGGAAAGUGCCUCUAAUUCUUUCAUUACUUCUCCCCAAGAAGCUGUAGACCUUGCUUCACCUGAAAAUAGGUUGGGUGAAGGAACGCCAACCAAAGUCCCAGCAACAAAAGGGACAUCUAGAAAAACAGUCCCUGCCAAAGUGGUGGCUUCAAACAAGAAGGUGCCAAAUAAGGGAGUUUCAUCAAAAGGAGAUUCACCAAAAGAUGAAAAGACCAAAGCAUUAUCAACAAAAACAAAGAACAAAGUUAUUCCAUCCAAAUCAGAUUCAAAUAGGACUGGACCAGUCAAAAAAUCAAAACAUUCAGGCAAAUCAACACAACCACCUAUACCUGAAUCAACAGACAUCUCACCUGAAACUUCCCCCAAGGUCUCUCCUAAGAUGUCCCCUAAGAAAUUGAAAUUGUCUCCCAAAAAACUGAGAUUACUUGAAAAGAAAAAAUCAAAGAGAGUCAUUGGUGGAAGGGUGAAAAAAUCAAAGGAACGAACUAACAGAAAACUGAAUGUUGAAAACCUUGAAGAACUACCCGAUGAAGAGCCUUUGUCUUCUCUCGUUACGGGCAAAAUGUCAUUGAUAACCGGCCUGUCACAGCAGACUUUGCCUGCUGCUUGUUCUACCAGUAAAAAAGCUUCCAAAUUAGCAGAACCUUUAGAUGCGCAGCCCUCAGAAUCUGCGAUCGUGCCAGUUGAUUCCAAAACUAAGAAGUCAUCUGACAUGAAAGAUGGUUCUGUAGCACCUAAAGGAACAGUGAACAGUGCAAAACCUGAUGUUGUUUCACAUGAGGGAAGUACAGCAGAUGCCAAAGAUAUUGCCAAGGAAUCUUCAUCGGUUUCAUCUGCAGUGGAGAGUACAUCCACCCCAGAGCCUCACACCAUUUCCUCACCACCCUCUGCCUCAGCUUCCACCACCAAACCCAUACCCUCUAAGUCCAUUCCAUCUACCCCCGUUGCCCCAUCCUCUGCCCCUGUUUCUCCCCCACCCGUUCCAGUCGCAAUGUCUGAAAGUUCCAAACUCCAGGCAGCAUCACUGCCGAAGGCUUAUGUCAGGGUGAAGAAGACAUCUCAACAGGUACUGAAGGUCGCCAAGAAGAAGGUUCCAGAGACUGCUGUGGCGAAAGCAACAUCUCCAGUGCUGGAUGAGUCAUCCAUCCCCCUCAAAAAGAGGAAACUGAUGAAGGAGCCCCCUCCUCAGCUGACAGAACAGGAUCCUAAAGGGUGAGUCCUUUGUGAUGAUACAAAU